AUGCCGGGAGUGGCAUCGGAAUUGCGCCCUGUGAGAUCCUCCGCUUCUACACCUUCACUACGUUCAAGAGAGGGAAGUGCGACACCAAUUGGCAGAAUGGAUGCGCCAGGCGGAAACGUUCGAGUCGUAGUCAGGGUCAGAGGGUUUCUUCCUAGAGAAAUCGAGCGAGGCGCGGAAUGCUUAAUACAGAUGAAUCCAAUCACUCAGGCUACGACGCUUUUAGUACCAACCGAUACAGAUCCUGUCAAUUCAAGGUCGAAGACUCGCAAGGUUAUCGAGGAGAAGACUUUCACCUUCGACAAUUCAUUUUGGAGUCAUGACGAGGCGGACGAGCAUUAUGCCCACCAGGAGGACGUUUACAAUUGCCUGGGUGAGGAGUUUCUAGACCACAACUUCGAAGGCUACCACACAUGCAUCUUUGCAUAUGGCCAGACUGGGUCUGGAAAGAGUUAUACAAUGAUGGGAACCCCAGAGCAACCGGGUCUCAUUCCCCGGACUUGUGAGGAUCUUUUUCAACGCAUCGAAGCCGCCCACAAUGAAACACCUAAUAUCUCGUACAACGUACGAGUAUCUUAUUUCGAAGUCUAUAAUGAACAUGUUCGCGAUCUCCUUGUCCCAGUGCACCCUAACCAACCACCGUAUUACCUCAAGAUUAGGGAGUCGCCAACGGAGGGGCCAUACAUCAAAGAUCUAACGGAUGCGCCUGUUAAGAACAUUUCAGAAAUCAUGCGGUAUAUGAAAAUGGGAGAUGCGAGCCGCACGACAGCAAGUACCAAGAUGAACGACACGAGUAGCAGAAGUCACGCGGUUUUCACCAUUAUGCUCAAGCAAAUCCAUCACGAUAUGGACACGGAUGAGACUACUGAACGCAUGGCACGAAUCCGACUUGUAGAUUUAGCAGGCAGUGAGCGAGCAAAAGCAACGGAGGCUACUGGCGCUCGUCUUCGAGAAGGAAGCAAUAUCAACAAAUCUCUCACUACACUUGGCCGCGUGAUCGCUGCACUUGCCGAUCCCAAGCAACAUCGACCGGGUAAGAGGAAUAAGGAUGUGGUACCAUAUCGAGAUUCAAUCCUCACUUGGCUGCUCAAGGAUUCCCUGGGAGGAAAUAGUAAAACUGCUAUGAUAGCUUGCAUAGCACCCUCAGACUACGAUGAGACCUUGUCAACACUACGCUAUGCUGACCAAGCUAAGAGAAUCCGCACUCGCGCUGUCGUUAAUCAGGAUCAUGUCUCAGCCGCCGAACGAGAUGCUCAAAUUGCCGCAAUGGCUGAAGAGAUACGCAUUCUGCAACUCAAUGUGUCAGAUAGUCGGCGACGAGAAAAGGAAGGAAGAGAGCAGGAAGAAAAGUUGGAAGAGUACCAGAACAGAGUCAUUGCGAUGCAGCGCAUGAUGGAAGAACGGAGUAUGGUAGCUGAGGGUAAGAUUCGUAACUUGCAGACAGAGAAUGAUGCACUGCGAUUGCACUUAAAGCUUGCGCUUGACAGCCUGAAAAAUCCGAUUGAAGUGCGGAGUGGGGGUAAUACCAUGCAAGGUGGAAGCAGGAAGGGUGACGUGUUUGAGGCUGGAGAGGAUGAUAAGGAGAACGAUGAGAGGAUGGAAGCGCCUGCUGGAGAGUAUGGUGACGAGGAUGAAGGUAUUGAUGUUUCAGUUCAUGAGGAGAGGGCCAGUGAAGUCCAGGGUUCCAUGAAGGACUUGCUGAAAGAUCUGGGAGUUUUUAAGAGAAAGAUUGGGGAUGACAAGAUCAGGUUUGUUACACCAUUAGGAAGCAGAGUCAACUGA